AUGUCCUAUCAACAAACAAUCAAACUUCCGCAAGCAAAUAUUGCUGGUCAUAUUAUUGGUCAAAAGGGAAGUCAAAUUAACAAGCUUAAGGAAAUUACUGGAUGUUUCAUCAAUGUGAAGAGUGAACAAUCAUUGGUGGAAAUUAAGGGAAGAAAAAUGGAAAAUGUGAAUGAAGCAGUGAGAUUAAUUCAAUUAAUAAUUAACAAUUCAAUGGCUGUUUAUGAGCAUCCGAAUGCUGUAUGUAGUGUAUUGAAGGAUAUUGGAAAUGAAAGCAAGUUUCAUUUUGUCGAGUUUGGUAAAAGCAUUCAUGGAACUGAGGUGGUGUAUAGAUUAGUUUUGGAUUCGUCUCAAAAGUUGAAUCAAGAAGAGAUGCUUCUCGAUCAAAUGAAUAAUUUGAAUUUGCAAGAUAGGCAAUUAAUUGAUAAGAAUCGAGUUUCUCACACCUAUAUUCAUUCUAAGGUAGUGGAAAAUGUGCUUAUUGAAGAAGGUGUUGAAAGAGUUUCCAAUAAUUUGUUGGAAAUUUCAAAGGACAAUUCUUUAAAACACAAAAUGAUGAUCAAGAUAUCCCUUGGAAAGAAGGCUUUCUACUCUGCUGAUCGUUCUGUCAAGACUCUCGACACUAACAAGAUGUACACCUUUCCUGAGUUUAGUAAUUUAUCAAUUGGUUAUGGAAAGGACCUCAAGUCAACUUGGAAAACAGAACAAGAUGAAAAGUUUAUCACCAAAUUGAAAGAAUUUCUUCAAACUGAUGAUUGGGUAAUGCUUAAUGAGAGCGAAGGCGUCAGUUGCCAUUGUGUUGAAAUAGUUCAAGGAAUUGUUGGAAGAGACAAUUCCAAAGGAGGAAAACGUUUGGAUUUCAAAGUUGUCAGAGAUUGUACCAACAAGUGUAAAUUGACCAAAAUUCGUCGUCAAAUGAACAAGCUCAUGUUUCUUGACAUUUGUCAAAUUCAACCUGAUGACACUAGCUCCAUAAUUCCAGACAUGAGAAUUCGUUUCCAAACUGAACAACACGAAUUGAAUCCUCACUCUCAUACUGACCUUUCCAAUUAUAUUUCACACUUGGAAUUCCAACAAGAAGAACUCUCCGAUCGAAAUGUUCCAACAAUGUUGAAAAAUCAAUUCAGUAAGGACACCUUCCGUUACAAGAAGAAACAAAUUUUCAAGAAGGAAAACUGCAAACUUUCAAUCAAUUAUGUUUGCGCAGAAAGUAGAAAAUGGUUUGAAGUUCAAUUAUCCCCACUCGUUCCAUUUACUUUAUUGGAAAGCAGUGAGAAUUGUCAAAGAAAGGAGGAAAUUAUUGGAUUCACUGCUGAAAUGAUUGCAAAAAUGAAUGAUAUCCUUGAAAGAAUGAAUACUGUUUAG